CCGUUAGUGGCGCUGGGCACAAACGUAGUCUCAGCAGCCGCAGCAGCAGCAGGAGGAUGAUUUAUGCGCUCACACUGUUGCGCCUUCCAGGAUACGCGCGAUAAAAUGGCAUCAGCAAGUUCAUGUGUCAUUCUUUGGUAGAAAAAGUGGCUUUAGACGUUUUUCAACAACACACAUUUUACCCCAACUCCUCAGUGUCGGAAGCAGUUUUAGAAAUUAUCACCUGAAAAGCGACGACGAAGUUGGACGACGUUUGGCGUUACUGAGGGUGAUCCGGUGCCACCUCAGACCAUGGCCUACACUCUUGGCUCCACCGCCGAGGGCCAGAAGCGAAGUGUUGGACCUCAGCACUGCGUCACUCGAGUGGAGCUGUCCGUCACCGCAGCCAGUCUGCUCGACCGCGACGUGGCCUCCAAGUCGGACCCCUUCUGCGUUCUCUUCCAGGAAGUGGACGGCAACUGGGUGGAGCUGGGCCGCACCGAAACAGCCGUGAACAACUUGAACCCCGUGUUCGGAGUGAAGUUCCAGGUGGACUACCACUUUGAGGAGAUCCAGAAGCUUCGCUUUGCUAUGUUUGAUGAAGACAAGUGUGCCUCGCAGCUGUACGAGCACGACUUCCUGGGAGAGUUCAUCUGUACGCUGGGGGUGAUUGUGUCAAAUAAAAAACUUCACAGACCUCUGAUCUUAGCCAAUGGGAAGCCGGCCGGCAAAGGCUCCAUCACGAUAACAGCCCAGGAGCUGUCUGACAACAGAAUCAUCACUUUGACCUUGAGUGGGCGUAAACUGGAUAAGAAGGACUUCUUUGGGAAGUCCGACCCCUACCUGGAGUUUCACAAACAGGGAGAAGACGGCAAAUGGAUGCUUGUUCACAGGACAGAGGUCAUUAAGAACACUCUAGAUCCAUCAUGGAAGCCAUUUACUGUGCCUCUCAUUUCUCUCUGCAAUGGGGAUGUGGACAGAAACAUCAAGGUCCUGUGUUAUGACUACGAUAAUGACGGCGGCCACGAUUUCAUAGGAGAGUUUCAAACAAGCGUUGCCAAGAUGAGCGAAGCACAGAACUCGCUGGAGGUGGAGUUUGAAUGCAUCAACCCCAAGAAACAGAAGAAGAAGAAGAAUUAUAAAAACUCUGGAAUUAUCAUUGUCAAAUUGUGCAAGAUAACAAGGGACUACACCUUUUUGGAUUACAUACUGGGAGGAUGUCAGCUCAUGUUUACGGUGGGCAUAGACUUCACAGCAUCCAAUGGAAACCCCCGUGAGCCGUCCUCGCUCCACUACAUCAACCCUCUGGGCAGCAACGAGUAUCUUGCUGCGAUUCUAGCUGUGGGACAGAUUAUACAGGAUUAUGACACCGACAAAAUGUUUCCAGCUCUGGGAUUCGGAGCCCAGCUUCCACCCGACUGGAAGGUGUCACAUGAAUUUGCCAUCAACUUUAACCCCACCAACCCAUUUUGCUCAGGUGUGGAGGGCAUUGCACAGGCCUAUUCUGCCUGUCUUCCUCACAUCCGUUUCUACGGUCCAACGAACUUUGCUCCCAUCAUCAACCAUGUAGCGCGUUUUGCUUCCCAGGCUCUUCAGCAGGAGAAUGCAGCGCAGUACUUCACUCUCCUCAUUAUAACAGACGGUGUUAUCAGCGACAUGGACGAGACGCGUCACGCCAUCGUCCAGGCGUCCAAGCUCCCCAUGUCCAUAAUCAUCAUCGGCGUGGGAAACGCAGACUUCGCUGCCAUGGAGUUCCUGGACGGAGACGCCAGCGUAUUGAGGUCCAAUACAGGGGAGGAGGCUCUGCGGGACAUUGUGCAGUUCGUCCCUUUCAGGGAUUUUCGUAAUGCACCCAAGGAGACUCUUGCCAAGUCGGUCCUGGCCGAGCUGCCUCAGCAAGUGACGCAGUACUUUAAACAACGGAACCUACCGCCCAUAAACCCGGCACCGGAGUGAGACGCCCCGAACGACGAGAGCCCACACGCUUGUACAAUAGUCAACAAAACCUCUCUUCUCCUUUAUGAAAACAAACAGAACGACAGUGUAUGAUUCUGAUUCUGAUUCAGCUGUGAACAAAAUUAUGUGGCGAACCAGAAAAUAAAAUAAAAGCCACAUUGACGGCAUCCCUGCCACUACUGUAUGUUUGCAAAGUGUCUAGUGGUGAACCAACGCUUGGUCUGCAUCCAGUGUGUCCAUCACAAGUGAUGUUCUGAUUUAUGAUCACGUCAAACAGCUUGUAAGUUUACAGCAAUGGCAGGUGUCUCCAAAUGGUUAUUAAUAUGCAGGCAGACGUCAACCUUUUAUAGAGAAGAGUCUUGAUUUGUCAUGAUGUAGUUUCUUUGCUUUCUGCAUGUGUGUGUUUUGUGAUUUAUGCCACGUGAUACCGUCUCCCUUCAAGCUAAACUCCAGCAGCAGUUAAAUCCUUUCACUUUGUUGUAUGGAUCCUUUUCAGGUAGCACAUCAGAAAUUUGCUGUCAUGCUGACAUGCACAGGCCGAGCCUGAGGAGCUGGCUGUGACCUGAGGGGGGGUUUUCAUGGGUGUGGAGGGUUCCAACAUGCAGCUUAUUCACAAGUGACACGAUGAGGCCACAGCAGCUGUAGCACUGACACAGGAUGGACGUGACAACUGUGUGGACUCAACACAGACGCUUUUGCUUUUAUUACGGCUUUGGUUCAUCCUGCAUGUUGCCAAAAUCUACUCUUUGUUUACAAUGGCACUAUUUAGAAAUGCAUGAUUUUUUAAUUAUCUUAUUCUGUACAUAAUUCAUUUAGAUUUAAGAUGACGGGUGUCACUUUAGUUUCCAGUUUCUGAUGUACUUUUUAUGCAGUGCUGAAAUGUGUAAUGACUAAUAUCUGUAUUAUUGUGCAUCUUUGUACUAAAUAUGUUGAUAUUGAUUUUAUAAAACUGUGUCUAUGUCCACACUCAGGUUAAUAAACUGAAGAAAAUGUC